AUGGGAUUAAAGCGCUUCAAUAAUACUAAUAACAAAAAGAACAACAACAACAACAAGAGUAGCGUUGUUAGUAUUCGAGCGGGGAAGAAGAAAUCGUCCUCUUCUUCAUUCGAACAACUUCCAGAACUCACCGAGGACGAAACCGCGAAGAAAUGGGCGGGAGAAUCCAACGACUCGCCAACGAUUGUGAGUAAAAAAGAGAGUGGCAGAGGUGAUGCGACAAAUCCUACGACGAGUUCUACGAGAAAGUUGAGAAAAAAAGAAGACGCGAUAGAGCAGGACGUGUUAGAAGGCGAGGCAUGUUUGUUGGGAGACGGGAUAUGGGAAAAGUUAUGCGAAGAAGCAAAGAUGGAGAUUGAAUUAGAACCCGCGUUGGCGUCGUAUUUGUAUUCCACGAUCCUCUCGCAUAAGGAGAUGUCGGACGCGUUGGCGUUUGUGUUGGCGAACAAACUCGGGUCGUCUGUCUUGUUGGAUUCGCAACUGUUGGAGCUGUUUUCGAAGUGUUAUCGGGAAGAUCCGGAGUUGGUACAAUGCGCGAUUGCAGAUAUGCAAGCGGUGUUGGAAAGAGAUCCAGCGUGCGAUAAGUACGUGAUGAUUUUGUUGUAUUUUAAAGGCUUUCAGGCGUUGCAAGCGCAAAGAAUCGCGCACUCGUUGUGGUCGAAAGGGAGACAGUCGUUGGCGUUGUUGUUGCAGCAUAGGGUUUCGGAGGCAUUUCAUGUCGAUGCGCAUCCUGCCGCGAAAAUUGGAAAAGGGGUUAUGAUUGAUCACGCGACUGGGGUAGUUAUUGGGGAAACCGCGGUAGUUGGGAAUAACGUGUCUAUCUUACACAACGUUACGUUAGGCGGGACCGGGACGACGGACGGAGAUAGGCACCCGAAAAUUGGCGACGGGGUAGUUUUAGGUGCCGGGGCGACCAUUUUAGGACCAGUGAUUGUUGGUACGAACGUGAAGAUUGGCGCAGGGAGCGUUGUGCUGCAAGAUAUUCCGGAUAACUCCGUCGCGGUAGGAAUUCCAGCAAAAAUUUUACGAAGAGAGCGAAGCGAGGAGGUGAUCGAGCCGAGUUUAUCGAUGGACCAGACAGACUUUUUAGAGGGAUGGGACUUUACUAUAUAG